UUGGGGCCGGGGCCGCUUCGUUCCGGCCCUUCCCGAGCCGCGGCCCCGUUGCCAUGGGCGUGGCCUGUUGCUAUGGGGGCCCGUUGCCAUGGGCGUGGCCUGUCGCUAUGGGCGUGGUCACCAAGCUCCGUCCCCUUCGGGGCGUGGCCUCUCUCCGUUCCCUCCCGGAAGCGCCGGGGUUCCUGUUCCGGGCUCCGGCGGCACUUCCGGCGGAAGCGACGUGGCGGUGACGUCAGCGCGGCCGAGGGUCCCGGUGGCGGCGUCCGGCCCGGCCCGAGCCCGCGCCGCAGGCGAUGAGCCCCGAUGCAGGCGCGGCGCCGGCUCGGCCUUAGGCAGCGGGAGCCGGGCGUGUACCUGGGGCCCCCCCAGACUCAGGCCGUGCCCCCCCCGGAGCCCCCGCCCGCCGACGUCAUGUCGUGUCGCGACAGGACCCAGGAGUUCCUCUUCGCCUGCAAAUCGCUUCAGGCCGGCAGGAUGGGGGGCUCCAGCCCGGCAGAGCAGCCCCCGGCCCAGAGCAGCCCCCGGCCCCGGGCGGCAGCGCAGCGAGUUCAGCCUCAUGGCCAAGCGCAUCGGGAAGGACCUGAGCAACACCUUCGCCAAGCUGGAGAAGCUGACCAUCCUGGCCAAGCGGAAGUCGCUGUUCGACGACAAAUCCGUGGAGAUCGAGGAGCUCACCUACAUCAUCAAACAGGACAUCAGCAGCCUCAACAAGCAGAUCGCGCAGCUGCAGGAGCUGGUGCGGGCGCGGGGGGGGCCCGGCGGGCGCCACGGCCAGAGCCACUCCAACACCGUGGUGGUGUCCCUGCAGUCCAAACUGGCCUCGAUGUCCAACGACUUCAAGUCGGUGCUGGAGGUGCGGACGGAGAACCUGAAGCAGCAGCGGAGCCGUCGGGAACAUUUCUCCCGCGCCCCCGUCUCCGCCCUGGCCGCCAACAACCUCGGCAGCCCGGCCGUGCUCCAGGACGAGCCCCAGCGCUCGGGGGCCGUGGCCAUCGACAUGGACAGCAGGGCCAGCCACCAGCUCCAGCUCCUGGACGAGCAGGAUUCCUACAUCCAGAGCCGGGCGGACACGAUGCAGAACAUCGAGUCCACCAUCGUGGAGCUG